UCCCCAAAGAUAGGUUUUGUCUGCGGUAAUCCCGGAUCUAGAAGUGCAACUUUGCGGCCGGGUCACGCGUUAGGGGGCCUUUGGGGGGCCUGGGAAGGGGAGGAGCGGACCUCGUGGGCAUCCUCGAGGAGGAGGCGGGCUGCGAGAGCUGGGGCAGCAGGGCCGGGGGAGUUCCCACGGGUGGUGGGCGGCGGCGAGAUUGGCUCGGACCCGGGUCCCGACCGUGCGGUGGACGCUCUUGGAAUCCCGCCCCGCCCCCCGUCCCCUGCCCCCAGCCCGCCUCUUCCGUGCUCAGGGCGUGAGGCUUGGUUGGGAUCCGUCUGGAGCAGAGCAGAAAACUUUUCCCCUCCCGGCCUCCGGGUCCCUUUUGUCUUUCUGGGAGGCGGCGACCGCUCCUGAGCUGAGAGUCCCUGUCUCCAGGCCGGCGCGCCGCGCCCGCUGACCGCCGAGGGCAGGAGCGCUCGGGCUCCGUGCGCUCGAUGGCGGUGGCCGGCGGCCCCGCGACCCGCGGCGGGCACAGGCGGCAGCACGUCCCCCGCCCCGAGGCUGCCGCCGCACCCCCGGCGCGGGGAUAGGGGCGCCCCCCACCCUCCUCCGCCGGUCCCCCGCCCUCGCCGCCCGCCCCCUCGCUUGACUCAUCCGCCCGCGGUGGCCGCGCCGCGUCCGCCGCCCGAGCCCCGCGGGGAUGGGGAGUGAGCCCGCGGCUGCCCGCGGCUGCCGAGAUUCCCGCUGACGCCCUCGAGUCCGCCGCCUUUUCGUUCGUCUGCGGAGGCGCCUGACGUCCCAACUGCGCUUGCAGUGAGAGUCCGGAGAGGCCGCUGGACCCCUGAGGCCCCGCGCUCAGGACAGGAAGAAAGAAGUCCUCUUCAUCAUGUCAAAAGUAAUAAAAAAGAACCCAGAUGCCCUAUAAAUAAAUGGUUCAAAGCAAAGCAUACUGAAGCCUGAACAAGGUCAGCAAUGAUUUCAAUCUUCUCCAUAAUUUUCCUUUGGAAGAUCAGCUACAGGAGCGGUAUGGUCAGAACUUGCUCCGACAGACCUGGGAAACAGUUACUUCUACAGCAAAAGGCUGAGCUAUGAUAGCAACCGGUGGAGUGAUAACUGGCCUGGCCGCCUUGAAAAGGCAAGACUCUGCCAGGUCGCAGCAUCAUGUCAGCCUCAGCCCAUCGCCUACUGCCCAAGUGAAGAAACCCGUCAGGCGGCGGCCUCAGGCCGAUGUCGUGGUGGUUCGAGGCAAAAUCCGGCUUUAUUCCCCAUCUGGUUUUUUCCUCAUUUUAGGAGUGCUUAUCUCCAUUGUAGGAAUUGCAAUGGCAGUCCUUGGAUAUUGGCCCCAAAAAGAACAUUUUAUUGAUGCUGAGACAACACUGUCAACCAACGAGACUCAGGUCAUUCGGAACCAAGGUGGCGUGGUGGUCCGUUUCUUUGAGCAACAUCUGCAUUCUGAUAAAAUGAAAAUGCUCGGCCCUUUCACCAUGGGGAUUGGCAUUUUCAUUUUCAUUUGUGCUAAUGCCAUUCUUCAUGAGAACCGUGACAAAGAAACCAAGAUCAUACACAUGAGGGAUAUCUAUUCCACAGUCAUCGACAUCCACACGCUGAGGAUCAAGGAGCAAAAGCAUAUGAAUGGCAUCUACACUGGUUUGAUGGGAGACACAGAAGUAAAGCAGAAUGGGAGCUCCUGUGCCUCGAGACUGGCAGCAAAUACCAUUGCCUCUUUCUCGGGUUUUAGGAGCAGUUUUUGGAUGGACAGCUCUGUCGAGGAGGAUGAACUUGCGCUAAACGAAAAUAAGAGUUUGGGGCAUCUCAUGCCACCUUUGCUUUCGGACAGCUCCGUCUCUGUCUUUGGCCUCUACCCACCUCCCUCCAAGACAACAGAUGAUAAGACCAGUGGCCCUAAGAAAUGUGAAACCAAAUCAAUUGUGUCAUCAUCCAUCAGUGCUUUUACAUUGCCUGUGAUCAAACUUAAUAACUGUGUUAUUGAUGAGCCCAGUAUAGAUAACAUCACUGAAGAUGCUGAGAACCUCAAAAGUAGGUCAAGGAAUUUGUCAAUGGAUUCCCUCAUGGUCCCUUUGCCCAAUGCCGGUGAGUCCUUCCAGCCAGUCAGCAUGGUGUUCCCAAGGAAUAAUUCCAUUGGGGAGUCAUUGUCGAGCCAGUACAAAUCUUCCGUGGCCCUCGGACCCGGGGCUGGACAGCUCUUGUCUCCUGGGGCUGCUAGAAGACAGUUUGGGUCCAACACAUCUUUACAUUUGCUCUCGUCACAUUCAAAAUCCUUAGACUUGGACAGGGGUCCCUCCACCCUAACUGUUCAGGCAGAACAACGGAAACACCCAAGUUGGCCUCGGUUGGAUCGAAGCAACAGCAAAGGAUACAUGAAACUAGAGAAUAAAGAGGACCCCAUGGAGAGGCUGCUUGUGCCCCAAGCUGCGAUCAAAAAAGACUUUACCAAUAAGGAGAAGCUUCUCAUGAUUUCAAGAUCUCAUAACAAUUUGAGUUUUGAACAUGAUGAGUUUCUGAGUAACAACCUAAAGCGGGGAACUUCUGAAACGAGGUUUUAAUGUUCAAAAAUGUAUCAUUUUACAAGGCUACAUAUUUUAAAACUAUUUUCACCAGUGUUUCCAUGUUAAAGUAUGGGUUAUAAGCCUUUUUAAUCAAAUAGUCUGUAGUGGGUUAGACCUGGUUGCUUAAUUCUGUGGUGGAGACGGCUGUAUGUUUGGGUUACUUUGUAUGCAAGACUUUCUAUGAUCACACAUGAUUUUAUAUUCUCCCUUCCUUUGAAAGCAGUAUCUUUUCUAUCAAUAUGAACACAGAACACUUCCAUCUCUACUAAAAUUCCCUUUCUUUACUUUCAAGUUCUUUCAUUGAUGGUCAUCUGCAAGAAUCAAGUGUCCAGUUAGGAAAAGGUAGGGUACCAAAGUGCGGACUCGAAGUACCAAAUUUAGGCCCAAGACUCAAUAUAAACUUAUAAAUGAGCAUGAGUACAAAUCUAAGGUGUGAUUUUCUAAACAACUGCUUUUUUUUUUUU